AUGUCUGAACACAAAAACGCUUUACUUUAUCUUAAUUUAAUUAAAAAGAAAACCCUUACCUCACAGGAAAUCGAUAUCGUUGACGCACUUGCUUGCGAAAACGUAAAUGAAGCCGCCCUCCGUAUUGACUCUUGCUGUCCUCCUCUGGCGGAAAAAGAGGAGGCCACUGACUAUUUGUGGGCGGGCAAUCAGCGUGUGUGGGCAGAUUUGCCAUUGUUUCCUCAAUGUGUGGAGGGAUAUUAUAACAACCCUAUGGCGGAUGGAGCGGAGUUCACUCUUGAAUACUUAGCGACAUGGCGUAAGAUGAACUCUUUCGCCGCUCGAUGUCUAGGAGCAGGUGUUUUAGGUCCCUAUGACGAGGUAGUAGACGCGUUGCAAGAAGCAGUAGAGGAAGACUUAGACAUCGAUCAAGGCAUCGUAAAUACAGAGUGUAAGAUUCAAAUCGCUUGCGACUGGAUCGCAUACGGCGCUAUAAACAUUCUUCGGUGGGCUCGGGAGAAUGUUGGACUCGUUGAAGUCGCAGAGGAUGACACGCAGUACUUUCCAGGAGGUUAUUUAUACCAGGGGCCACCCUGCGUAUGUCCGAAGCGGUGGGAGUUCUGGCAGACUCGGUUCCAGGAGCUGGGCAAGCAUCCCUGCUUAAGGGAGGAAAUCCGGAGGGCAGCGCUCGAAGCUGCCGACACAAUGACCACGGUAGAAAGGCAGAUAACUAACACGAUAUAAUUGCUGGCGGCCUUAGCUUAAUAUGCGACAAGAAAAGAGGAAAGGGGCAAACUAGACAACCUCACAUCAGGCUGCCAGGUUUCUUCAGAGUUGAAUUUCAUUUUGAUAGCGAUA